CUUUGGCUAGUCCGUCCCCACCUUCUUUGUGGGCAAAGCUUCCACUGACAGGCCACCAUUCUCUGCUAUGUCACUGUGGUUUCUACUCAGCACCCCAGUCUGGGGUCCCGGCUCCGUCCUCCUCACGGUGGUCCUCCUGCUUAGACUAAGUGUGUGUAUCUGGCAUAAGUGUUAUCUCUGGGACCUCCAGCACUGCUCCACAGACCUGACCGGGAAGACGGCAGUGGUGACUGGGGCCAACAGUGGCAUUGGGAAGAGCGUGUCCCAGGAGCUGGCCCGCCGCGGGGCGCGUGUGAUCCUGGCCUGCCGCAGCCGUGAGCGUGGGCAGCAAGCCCUGGCCGAGAUACGAGCAGCCUCAAAGAGCAACCAGCUCCUGCUUGGUGAGGUGGACAUUAGCUCGAUGGCCUCCAUCCGGAGCUUUGCUCAGUGGCUUCUGCGCGAGCAUCCAGAGAUACACCUACUGGUUAACAAUGCUGCAGUCUGCGGAUUGCCCACAACACGUACCCCAGAGGGCCUUGAUGUCACCUUUGCCACCAACUACACUGGACCCUUUCUGCUCACAAAUCUGCUCCAAGGGGCCCUACAACGGGCGGGGGCAGCCCGAGUGGUCAACGUGUCUUCCUUCAGGCAAGAGAAAGGGUACAUUGACGAGGAGCACCUGACAGGGGCUGGUAGACCUUUGACCUUCAACCAGAACUAUGACUGCAGCAAACUGCUUUUGGCCUCAUUCACUGGGAAGCUUGCCCAGAGACUUCAAGGGACAGGUGUGACUGUGAACUCCGUGGACCCUGGCGUUGUGUACACGGAGAUCAUGAAGAAUUUCUCUUGGUUAUAUCGUUUCAUCUUCUGGCUCCUCAGCUUCUUCUUCAAGAACAGCAAACAGGGUGCAGUCCCAGUGCUCUACCUGAGCUUGGCAAAGGAGCUAGAUGGCAUUUCUGGAAAACAUUUUAGCAGUUCCGGUGUGAUAACUCUUGCCCCUAAAGCUGCCCGAGAUCCUCACGUGGCCCAAAGCCUCUGGGAUACUUCAGCCCGACUAACAAAUCUAGACAAGAUGGACUGACCUCUGUGACCCCUGCCCUGACUCGCCGCCUUCCCCCUGACUCCCAGCCCUCACUCGGAUUUUGCGUUCUGCUUGUCAGUUCCAAGGAACAAUCAGUCACCUUGUUGGGUGUAAUGACCACUUCCUCUUCCUGUUGGCUCCACGCAUGAGAGCUCAGCUUAGCCUGGGGACAGCUCCAGCUUCUACUUUAUAGCCAUUUCUCAGAUGGAAGUGUUCAUCUCUUGGGCACUAGGAUCUCCAAACCUACCGAGCCCCGUGUUCUGGUGACGGGGGAGUAAAGGUCCUUCCGGUGGUCUAUUAGGGUUCCUGGCUUUGUGGGAGGCAGCACCACAUAGUGUCCUCUGGCCCAAGGCAUAUACCACACGGCUGCAGGACAGCACCCCAGCUGCACAGGGUGUUGUCUCCCAGCUGGUACAGUAACUGCCCGGGUAAUGGUUCCAUCUUUCUAUCAGACCAGCUGCUCCUGGAUGCUGAGUCAUGUGAUAAGGCAGGUGAAUUCUCAGAGUGAGAGCCCACUACUUCUUUUCUGGGGUCUUUGUUCACCAGUAGAAGUUUUUUGUUUUUUUAAUGGUGGUGCUGGGUAUUGAACCUAGGACCUCGUGCAUGCUGAGCAUGCUGUCUGCCACUGAGCUGUACCCUCCCCUCAUCAACAUAAAUUUUGGAAUCAGCUUUUCAAAUUUCACACAAACAAGUCCUUUGGGGAUUUUGCUACAUCUACUUGGCAGGAUUGAUAUUUUUAUGAUAAUGUGUUGCCCUAAACAUGAACAAGGUGUACUUAUAUCUAUUUAAAUCUUAUUAAUACCUUCAUAAAAUUUUGAAUAAUUUUAUCCAUAAAGAUCGUGCGUAAGUCUUACUAUAAUUCCAGGUUCCCUGCUUUUUAGGCUAUUGGAAGUGGUAUUUUAAAAUUCGUAUAUUAAUCAUAUAUCAAACAACUUAAUUAAUUUCUCUAAUUCUAAUAAGUUAUCUGUAGAUUCUUUUGGUUUUUCCACAUAGAACAUCCCACCAUGUAGUGAUGAUAACAGAUUUAUUUCUUCCCUUUCAACUAUUAUGAAUCUUGUUUCUUUUCCCAGACCUUAAUUGAUUUUCUAGUAUUAAACCAAACUUGCUUUUAAACCAACUUGGUCAGAGUAUUACUUUCAUAUACAUUGCUAAAUUUAGUAUGCUCGUGUUUUGGUUUGGAACUUUUUACUACAUUCAUAAAUGAGACUGGCCUUUACUGCCCUUUCCCUUACUUGUAUUACCAUUGUCUGGUUUUGCUGUCACGGAUAUAUUCAUUUUGUAAAAUGAAUUUGGGAUUUGUGUUCAUCCAGGGAUAUCAUGUGAGAAGUAAAUGUCAAUUAAUUGAGGAUUAAAUAUGUACAAGAAACUUGACAGGGGAAAUAGCUGUGAGGGAAAAUGGGGAAGAAGCUGGGAGAAGCUGGGAGAAGCUGGGAGAUCCACCAGACUGUGAGACAAGGCUGACCCUGAGUGAAGGAGAGAAGGUUGGAAGGAGCUUCUUAGGGUGCGGUGUGGUAAUUUUUCCAUUUUAAACCUCCCGCUCUCGUUUUGAAAGUAUGCAGUCUAUUUCUGCUCUUUAUUGGUUAGUCUAAAAUUUUUAACCUGUAUGUUUAAUUUAA